CGCAACGCUCGCAACGGGAAGUCGCCAGCUGAGCAGGCGUCGCCUCUCGCUGUGCCAUCGCCUCGACGGCCGGCUCAUAAGCGCUGCGAACGCCCUAUCGCCUCGGCUUGCGAUUCAUCCGCCAUGGCGCAGGCAGAUAGGAUCGGAUAAGCGACCGGAGAACAGUGCUGCUCCCCUCGGCUUUAUCGCUACCAGCAGGCCGACGAUAGAAGCCGGCUCCCGCUCGGCGAGCGAUGCGUGCUCGUGGCACGUGAGCGUGCGAGACUGGCGGCGCGGCUGAUCGCGGCGCGUCUCUCUGUCGUCAUCGCCAGCUGUUCGCGGGGUGAGGCGACGCGCUUUCCGCUAGGGCGUCGCGCGCGCGUAGUCAGCGUAGUCGGGGCGAGCGCCACAGCAGCCAGGCACCCUCGCACGCGGGCCCGCGUCACGUGCGGGCAUCAGUCUGUGAUGACGGUGUCGUUCUCCUGCGAGCGGGCUAGAUGACGACGAUGGACCCACCGUCCCCUCCCAAGGAUCCCGUGCGGCUGGGUCCCGUCCUGGAGGAAAGCGUCGCCUGCUGCUCUUCGGCAUCGGUGGUGCUGGCGCCUCCGUGCGAUGCCGAGAGCCGCCACCUGAGCUGGCGCGAGCGAUGGGUGCCCUUCUUCCGGGGCCUGGGCCUCGAGUCCGUGCUCUUUCUCUACACCGUCACGUUCGCCAUGCGCUUCGUGGUCACCCAGCAGCUCUUCAUGGCCAAGGCGUGCCUGUCGGCCUACCCCGACGACGUGUGCGCCACGCUGAGCCAGCAGAACGCCACCGUGCGCGACGCGGUCACCCGCAACGCGAACGUGCACAACCUGCUGCUGGUGCUCGCCGAGUUCGUGCCCGCCGCGGUGGUGUCCGUGUUCCUCAGCUCGUGGUGCGACAAGCACGGCAACCGCAUCCCCUUGCUGCUGAACCUGUGCGGCGCGUUCGCGCUGGACGCCGGCACCAUAGUCACCGUGCUGGUCUUUUCGGCGCCCAUGUACGUGAACGUCGUCCUCGGGCUGGUGUGCGGCAUGACCGGCGGCCUGGUCUGCAUGACGGCCAUCGUCGAGAGCAACGCGUCGCGCUCCUCGCGCGAGGACAUGCGUGCCGUCAAGUUCCUCGUCGUCAUGAGCGCCCUGCUGGUCGGCGUCCAGUUGGGACAGCUCAUCUCGGGCGAACUGUUCAGCGCGGGCGGGUACCUGCCCGUGUACUGCGUCUCCCUCGGCAUAGUACUGAGCAGCAUACUGCUGGUGCUGGUGUUCAACGCCGGCACCUCGUCGUCGACGUCGCGCCUGCGCGACAUGCUCAAGGACUUGCGGAUGCACAACUUCAAAGAGGGUUUCGACGCGGCCUUCGGCUGGAGACCGCACGGACUCAGGCACCGGCUCGUGCUGCUCGCCCUCUCCCUCGGCGUCAUACUCUUCAACGCUGAAACCGGCAAGAGCAUCUCCUUUUACUUCUCUCUACGGCGCUUCCACUGGAGCGUCGCCAUGUACUCCAACAUGGCGGCGGGCUUCGGGGCACUGGAUAUCGUGUGCUCGGGCCUCUUCAUCGGCAUUUGCAGCCGCGUGCUCAAGCUGCCCGACCUGGCGAUGGCCAUGGCUGGCAUCCUCUCCAUGACAGCUUUUCUCAUCAUCAAGGGCUUCUCGCGCGAGCCCUGGAUGUUCUACAUGGGCUGCGCCAUUGGUUCCCUGAGCAGCGUGACACCCGUGGCCAUCCUGUCCAACGUGUCAAAACUCAUCAGCAAGGACGAAGCUGGCAAGGUGUUCUCCUUCUGGAGUUCGUGCGAGUCCCUGGUGCCGAUUGCGGGCAACCUCUUCUCCAGCCUCGUGUUCAACGCCGUGCUCGAGAUCGACGCCGGGCUGCCCUUCUUCAUCUCCGCCGGACUGAUGGUCGUCCCGCUCUGCGCGGUCACGUACUGCCUGUACAGAGAAGUGGCUGUGUACUCGACGCUACCUCGAAACGACGUGGACUGUGAGCGGGACUCCAGGGCCACUCCUGCCGCCGUGCCCUCCUAGCAAUGUGCAGCGUGACCUCUUUUAGCAUCGCCCGCCCGCCGCUGGUCUUCCAGCCUGCGAAGUCUUCCCAUUUUUAAGUGCCAAGCGAAGAGUCACGUGGGCGUGACACGGCGCCCAAACGCCCAAACCACUGUCACGCCCGCUGCUGGCAAUAGAAUGCCUCCAAUGACUUUCGUCACUCGCGCGUGAAGCACUCGUCGAGGAAUACCGCGCGACAACCUCCUGUUGACUUAGUUGGCACGGAUUUAAGUAACCCGGCGUAGGCAGAUAGUCAGUAAACGAGAGGUCGACCUAAUACCGCCUUAGCCGUUAAAAAAAAAUGUCCGUAGAAUGUGGUACUGAUGAAUGGACCAAACACUUACGGGCGGUCAGGAAUCUGUGAACAAUUUUUCGGGAUUAAGGGAUCUGUAAAAUUAAGAAAUCAAGGUGCCUGUGCGAGACACGAUUGUAGAGUCAGAAUUAAGGAGUCUGUGUGAACGAGAUAUUUCUACAGGUUGCGAAAUAUGUGUGUGUGCACUUGACAUUGUGUGGUGAGCUAUCUUACUAAUAUCAUGUACGAGCGGCCCAAACUGAGCUGGCGCGUAAGAGAACUUGACGGAGCGCAGCUGAAACGCGCGUGCAUGAAAGACGGACGAGCAUUACGGAUGCGAUAAACACUCGCGGACUGCUUUCUGGGCAAGGAAAUAUGUACGGGCGCGCAGCUUCUGCACAAGCGCCACUGCGCCAAGUAGUCCAGCGGCAUUUGACAGCGCUUUGGGUGUCGUGUAACAGACGCUGAAACGGCGUAGCUUCUACGUGCGAAGGUUUCGCGUUUGCCCAGACGCGGAAACGUGGGGGAAAUAAGCCAGAUUUACUCUGGCAUAUUUUGUCUUGUCUUCGUGUCCCCAGGCAACGCAAAGACAUCCUGAGGUUAUCCGCAGGAUGUGGAAUCGCGGAUAUUUCAACAUCCUCAGGCCAUCCUAAAGUGUCGUCAACUGAUCCUACUUGGAUUCAUUCGUCCGAACACACUGUGAGCAUUCUUUGAACAUAGUGCCAGGAUCAUCUCUGGACCACUUCAGUACCUUUCCUAUGCACAUUUAAAUAAGUCGUGAAUGUGAUUACAUACUCGUGCUGUACAGUUGAAUUACAUGUGUAAAUGUCACUGCUGACCCAAAUCCAUUUCUUUCUCCAAAUCACAUACUGUGAACAUUCUUUUGACAUUUUGCCAGGACCAUCUCUGGACCACUAAGGCACGUUUCCAGGACGUGCUCACGUCCACAUCUAAAGAAUCCAUGAAUAUGAAUAUAUGGUGGUGUUGUACCAUGGAA